AUGAUAGACAUUUUCGACUGUCUUUCUCUUUAAAAAUCGUCUCUCUCUGUCUCUUUCUCUCUCUUAUUGGACUGUAUUUCAAACACUACUACACCUACCGCCUAUGCUGGAGUUUUCUCGGUCUCUUUCUCCAGCCACGGACAAAGCCGAUUAGGUUAAAUAACUCUCUCUCUCUCUCCUAUUUGAUUCAUCCAUGUUUUGAGAAACUCCAUGUUUGGUUUGCUAAGAAAAUUUUGUAAUGUAAACAAGCAAUAAUGGCAAGCUCAACAAGCAGUGGGAGCAGCAGAGAAGGUACGGCCAAAGCCAUGGUAGCCGAUCAGAUCUCUCAGGCUGUUCAGUCCACCUCCAAUCUCCUCCACCUCAUGCAGCAAUCGUCUGUUUCUCAGGCCCAACUGAUAAAGCUUCCAAAGAACCUUUUGGCAAAAACCUCUACAAUCAAGAAUACUGGGCAAGUUUUAGAGCAGAUGCCUCGAGUAAUUUCAUCCUUGGAUGCACAUAUGGAGAAAGGAUUACAAAGUGUUCCUCAUCUACAAACCGUAAUCCAGUUACUUGAAAAUAUCAAAAGCUUCCAGCUUAAUUCUCUCUCUCAAGCUCAUCUUUCUCAAGAGGAACAUGAGUUGGCAAGACCUUCUGAGGUGCCGUAGUUGACUGAGCUUUGAUGGACAGUUUGCUGACUGAAAUAUCAGUUCAAUGCAGUAACUGAUGUGAUGGCAGACUGUCUAAAUCUACCUCGGAUGAUCGACACCUUUGAGGGUCACAUUGAUUUAUAUGUGUUCUCACUGUAACAUUGAACCUAACCAGAAAUCAUUUGUUUGAACAUAAGAGUAUGUUCCAUCUUGUAAUGUCUGUUCUGUAAAUGUCCCAAUCUAGUGUUAUUGAUGUUCGAUGAAUGUAACCUCAAACUUGUCCCAUAGUAAUUUCUCCAAGCAUUUGAAACACGUUUAUCUGUCGGAAAUGGAAGCAUGUGUAAAUUUGUAAUCAUGAAUUCAUGAAUAUCGUGCUUAAUACGCGUUUGUUCUACCCUUGCAUUUAAAGGUGCCAAUGCUUUUUACACA